CGUUUUUGCUGCAUUUGACAGCGGAUUCGUCCACCUGUGUCAGAGGUAGUCUCAUGGCAUGCUUGUCCAUGCCUCAUUCACUGGAGCCAUUUGAACGGUAAUCAGAUCAGGACACUGAAAGUGCUGGAUAACGCUAGUGGAGCACUUUAACCAGCAUGCCACCCAAGAAAAAGGGAGAGCGUCAGGACUCGGACGUCGUCGAGGAAAGAAACGCCCAGGUGCAGCUGGAGAAGGCCAAGUACAAACCUGUGGCAUUCGCAGUACGUUGCAACUUCUCUUACACGCCAGCAGACGACGACAACGUCCCCGUACCGGGCCAGGCUGUCACCUUUGAGGCCAGAGACUUCCUCCAUGUCAAAGAGAAGUUUAACAAUGAGUGGUGGAUCGGCCGGCCGGUGAAGGAGGAUGGUGUGGUGGGCUUCAUCCCCAGUCCAGUCAAUCUGGAAACCAUUCUCAUCAGAAGAGAAGUCCAGGCGAGGAAAGCUGCCAAGGCCUUAGCCAACAAAGCAGCGGCUCAAGUAGCUCAAGAUAUGAACUCAAAGAAAUACACUCCUCCAUCACAAGCCAAUCAGCAGGUGAAAAAGAAACCGGGGGAGCAGGUGGCUAUGUAUGAUGUAGUGCCUACAAUGCGUCCUGUGGUUCUGAUGGGACCAUCACUGAAGGGCUUAGAGGUCACAGAUAUGAUGCAAAAAGCACUAUUUGACUUUUUAAAACAUCGAUUUGAAGGCAGAAUUACUAUUACGCGGGUCACAGCGGACAUCUCUCUGGCUAAACGGUCCAUCCUCAACAACCCUGGCAAAAAGGCCUUAAUGGACCGGUCGAACACCCGCUCCAAUUUAGAUGCUGCCGCCCAGAUCCAGGGAGAGGUGGAGCGUAUCUUCGAGCUUGCCCGCAGCCUGCAGCUGGUGGUUUUAGAUGCGGACACUAUCAACCACCCGCUCCAGGUGUCCAAGACCUCCCUGGCGCCGAUCCUUGUCUAUGUCAAGAUCUCCUCACCAAAGGUGUUGACAAGACUGAUCAAGACUCGAGGGAAGUCACAGACCAAGCAUCUCAACGUUCAGCUGGUGGCAGCAGACAAGCUCGCCCAGUGCCCGCCGGAAAUGUUUGACGUCAUCUUAGAUGAGAACCAGCUAACUGAUGCCUGUGAGCAUGUCGCUGAUUAUCUGGAGUCUUACUGGAGAGCCACUCAUCCACCAGAGAUGGAGCCUGCCAACGCACUGGUGGCCGAGCUGGCCGGGAGUACACUGCCCACCAGUCCUACAGCAAUACCGGAUGGGCAGAAGACCAAGAAGACAGCUGCCCCUAAGAGAAAAGGUUCCCGGGAAAACCACCUAGACCCGGAGCCCCCUGCAGCCCCAGCACAGGAGCAGAGGGCUGAGGAGGGCCAAAGAGAGGAAGAAGAACGACUUCUGAGGACUGAACCAAAGAGACCCCAGCACACCCACCACCACCACCAUCACCACCACCACCACCGCCGGAUGGAGCAUCACAGCCACACCCAGCACAACCAAACAUCCGGAGGCAUGGAAGUACAGUCGAGCAGGGAUUACAGCCAGAGGCUUCCCCGCAGGCACCUCCCUGAGGAGAGGGAGGAGGAGGUGGAGGAUGUGGUGGAGGAGGACGAGGAGGAGACUCGCUACAACCACCGAGGUCAUAACCACCACCAUCACAACAGCAACCACCACCAUCACCACCACCACCACCAACAGCAGCAACACCACCGUGGGAACAGCCAGCCACAUGUCGGGGCAGACUAUGAGCAGGAGCACAAUGAACGCAACCGGCAGCACAGGCAUCACCAGCAUGUUCCACCACGGACACACCACACGGAUCACUAUCCUGCACACAAUCAUCAUAACUACCACCACUACCACGGCAGAGACAGAGACAGAGAUAGAGACAGAGAAAGACACAAGGACAGGGAAAGAGACAGAGAUAGGGACAGAGAUAGGGAUCGAGGUAGAGAUAGAGACAGAGAUGCACGACAAUGGCACAGGGAUUCCUAUAUACACUAGUGACUGUUCCCUCUGUGGGCUGGUGCAUGGUUUUAUGCUGCUCAAGUUAUAAUGCACUAAUGGACAGGGCAGGGUGUGUCAUCUUUGUAGACAAUGAUUUUCCUCAUAUUGUUUGCCAUUUUUUAUUUUAAACCUCUGCACACACUUUGUCCUUUUAGCAGAAUCAAAAUUAUCACUCGGUUAUUGUCUGUCUUAUUUUCACCUAUUUAACAUUGCUCUAUCUUAGUGUAUUUUUGCACAAACAUUAAAUGCAGCGGUGUGCUCAUGCAGCAUGGGUUGUAAACUUUACUUUGCAUUAGUCACGCAGAACGUGCUGAAGCCAGCAACAGUCAAGGUUGCAGUAGUUUAUCCAUUAUCUCAAGAUUACAAGAUACCGUUUAUGUUUUUUCAAGUUAACAGAAUAAUUAACCUGAGCUGCUGGUUAACUACAUACACCAAGCUACAUGGUUGCUUGAUUAACCAAGAAAGCAGAUUGAAGGGAUAGUUCAGAUUUUAACUGGGGUUGCAUGGGGUACUUAUCCAUAGCCGGUGUAUUACAUGCAAAAAAGUUCCACCUGAAAAAAAUCAAUAUCAGUUUAGGUGUAUGCUAUGUUAAGGAUAUUUUCUGUGCUUUACAUUUCCGUCAGAUAACCUGUUCCGACGAGAAAACUGCUAAAGGCUUCAGUCUGCGCUCAAUAAGCUACCAGACUCCAUUGACAAAAAAAAAUAAUUUCCCCACACUGAAACUGAGAAAGAGUAAUUUAACAUCGCUGAACACAGAAGCUGCGGGUCUACUACUGCCUUCUAUGACUUUGGUGAACUGAACUAACCAAAUGCCGAAGUCACACAAUAUCACAAACAAAACAAAUGUCCAGUGCAGUGGUAGACCAGUAACUCCUAUGUUCAACAAUGUUAAAUCACUGUUUCUCUCAGUGGAGGCUGGCUUUGAUGAGAGAGCUACAAUGGCUUCUUUUUCUCAUUCAAAAUCACUAAUAUUAAAGUGAAGCAAGGAAAAUACUCUCAAUAUAGUGUACACUUAAAUAAUCAUGUUUUAUUUUUUCUAGGUGACUAAAUGCUACUUUUUUGCUGACCCCAUUCACAGAGGUAGAUUGCUGACCUUCCAUGUCGGACUUAAGUCUGCUUCUCUUAACUACCGCCUGACAUCUACUGUAUGUAAUGCACUGACUAUGGAUUAGUAGCCCAUACAAACCAACUUAAAAAAAAGAAUUAUUCCUUUAAUCAGUAUUGAAAGUGAUCAUUGGUCAUAGCCCAAAACAGAUUAGAUUUUCACAAGAAAACAUUUAUUUUCCUGACAUGAAAUAUUUUGUAAUCUUGAGAGUUGAUAUAAUCAAAACUUCGACUGUUGUAGGCUUCUGUACAAUGAAUGCAUUUUAUGAUUUUUGUUCCUACAAAGUUACACAAAGGGAUGUUUUGUCAAAAGAGAUGAUAAAAAACAAAACAAGGGAACAAUAGACUUGUGUAUUACAGUGUCACAUAUGACUCUGCCCCUAUGUGUUACAAUCGGUGUAUUUUCAAAAGCCAACAAUUUAUUUUAAACAUUGGUAAGGAAAGUCAAACUAUUUUUCUACAUGAUUCUAAAGGGAAGUCAUACUUUGCUUCCUACUUUUCUAAAUGGUGUUCAAGCAUAUUUAUUGACUUGCAUUUGCUCUGUCUGGAAGCAUGAAAAAUAUUUUGGUGACACUGACCUGUAAUAUAUGCUGGAUACUCUAUGCAUCUUCUUGUGAUAAAAUAUAUUGCUUGAAUACAAUCUCUAUGCAUUUGUACAUACUUCAUAAUUGCCUUGUUAGGUAAAUUUAAGAGAGAGCUUGUUGCACUGUUUGGUAGAACUUGACCUACUGUGUAUGAUUGCUUUAAGUUGACAGACUGAAUUGACUAUGUUCCUUUUAAAAUUAUUUUGUUUUGGGUUAUUUUUG